AGUGUGUAAAAUAUGAUUAAUUUGAUAUAUUGUAAUCACAAAGUGGUUGUUUGGAAACCUAAUGAUGUGCUAAUCUUACGUAAACAUUAUCGUAUUGUCGGUUCGUUUAUCGGAUCAAUACCUGAUUGUGGACAACAAAACUCUGAAUUAGGACUACCAUUGCUAUUGAUGCCCGAAGAGACCAGAUUGUUGGUCGACAAUAAAGUUGCCGUUGUUGUCGAAUUUGAUACACGAGUGGAUGCGGAAGUAAAAGAUUUUUAUGCUAAACUCAAAACUGAUUUUUGUGAACAAAAUCGACAACAAUUUAAAUCCGAUCGACAAAAACAAAUCCUAGAAAUGUCCGACAAAAUAGUUUCGGGAAAAAUUAAAAAAUUUGCCGAACAGUAUAGACACUUAAAUGAUGACGAAUUAAAAGAUGAGAUCAUUAAACAAGAAUUGGCAAAAAUACCCGAUAUUACACCCGAUAAUUGUUCGACAAAACUCUUAACCGAUUGUCCAUUUGAUGGCCGAUUGUCAAAGAUUGUUGACGACAAUAACAUCUUGUUUCCGGUAGUGACGGCUAAGUCAGAGCUCAGGUAUCAAGUGUUCAAAGAUUUGUGGAAUAAAAACUAUUACAUAACUGAUGGCAUUAAAUUUGGUUGCGAUUUCUUGUGCUACCAAUCGGAUCCGAUUGGUGUACAUUCGAAAUUUAUGAUUAUCUGCCGCACCGGUAGUUUAUUACAACUAAAUAAUGAUUUAGUCGUACAAAUGUAUGGCCGACUCGGCAAAAGUGUACGAAAAGAUGUUUUAAUUGCGUAUAUGAAUCCAUAUUUAGAAGAAAUUAGUUAUAUUACUAUA